AUGUCAGUAGGCCAUCUUGGCUUAGGGAUCUACUCUGCUUACCAAACAGCUGAUGGCGACCAUUCCGAAAACUUCAGCGAGACCACUUGCGGAGGAGCAUCGUACGAGGAGCCUGAGAUACCGGCCCUAUCGAAGGCGAUGCCUUCACAACCGGAAGUCAACUCCGUAACCCCCCGGUUGCAAGAUCAGACAGAGCCCAAUGGAAACGUGUAUGGACUCACUCCGACCGACCUCCUCGAGAUCUCGACUGCACUUGUCACGCAAAAGCUCACAUGUCCGGGGCCUCUCUUGUUGACAGAGCCGUUUUUUCCGCCUGCCAAACCAUUCAUCACUGUCCCAAUCACCACUCAACUCUGUCUUUACCUUCGCAACCAACGCAGACGGGUUAUGUAG